CCCCUCCUCUGCGCAGAAACCCCUCCCAGCAGUCCUGCCGCAGUACCUCUCAGUGGCUCCUCCGAAGGCUGGAGGAACAGGGACUACCGGAGUCUGUAGCCCAAGUCGGGUUCGGCUCCAUCUUGGGCCGCUAAGCUGGGCACCUGUGGCGGCCGCAGGAGAUUCACUUCCGCCGGCCUGCACUGCUCCGGGCGGGCGAGAGGGUAGUCAUGAGCAGCAGCCACCCUGAGCCAGGUGCCCAGGCACCCUUGAGCCCUUGCCCACAGCCCCUUUCUCGGAGUUCUUCCAGCCUGCUGGGUGAAGGCUGGGGACAGAGGCCAAAGCUCCGAAAAAGUGCCAGCAGCACUGUAUGGCAGGCCCAGUCGGGUGAGGCCAGCACCAGUCCCCAGAUCCUGGAGGAAGAGGGCCACCAGGCUAAGAGCACAGAAGAGGCGCUGACCUCCAGCCCCAGACCAUGGCCUGGUGCUGUGGGCCACUGGCGGAGCAGCACUGUGGGCAAUGUAUCUACUGUGGGUGGUGGUGACCUAUAUCGCCUACGUGCCCCCAGCACCGCAGCUGUACAGAGGAGCCACUCAGACCUGGUCCAUAGCACCCAGACUCGGGGCCACAGUGGUGCUCGGAAGGCCAGCCUCAGCUGCUCAGCCCUUGGCAGCUCGCCAGUCCACAGGGCUCAGCUGCAGCCUGGCAGUACUUCUGGCCAGGGAGGGCAGGCCCCUGCCGGCCUGGAAAGAGACCUGGCUGCAGAGGCUGGGACUUCAAACUCAGUCUGGACGCUGGGAGAGAGUCAAGUGUGGGUGUCACCACUAGUCCUGGGAGGCACAACCACCCACAGCAGUAGCCCCAAGGCCAGGCCCAAAGCUACUAGGCAGUCAGCUACCACCUCCUGCCAAGCUCUGCCCCCAGUAGCUCAACUCUGUGGCCUGAUGGAGGUGGGGGCCAGUGGCUACUGCCAUGCUGUGCCUGCCCCUGGGGUCUUGGCCUUUCCCAAACUAGUAGCAUCAGUAAGUGAAUCUGGGCUGCAGGCUCAGCAUGGGGUGAAGUUCCAGUAUAGGUCACCUGGGGGUCUUCCUGGGCAUUCCCACUGCUGUGCCCAUCCCUGGGAUACCACUGGGUUAACUAUGGAGCCUGGAGCCAGGACCAAGGAUGUGUGGACCAUGACCUCAGCCAGUGAUUUGGCCCCAGUGUUGAUGUCCCCUCUGUUGGCACAGGAUGCUGGUGUACAGGCGGCCCCCAUGGCAGAGUGCAAGGCUGUGGCUACCAGCCCACCUCUGGAAGCCCCUGUGGCCCUGCACACAUUCCCAGAGGUGACUUUGGGGUCCAGCCUGGAGGAGGCAUCAUCUCCUGUGCAGGAUGUGCGAUGGGAUGCUGAAGGCAUGACGUGGGAGGUGUAUGGAGCUGCAGUGGACCCUGAGGUGCUUGGUGUGGCCAUUCAGAAGCACCUGGAGAUGCAGUUUGAGCAGCUGCAGCGUGCACCUGCCAGUGAGGACAGCCUGUCUGCUGAGGGCUGGAGGGCGCCACUACGAGCUGUCAUGCAGUCUUUGAGGCACCCCAGCUGCUGUGGCUGCUCCAGUGCAGCCCCUGAGUGAGGAGCUGUGGCCCUAAAAGCUGUCUUGGGCCCAUGGACUCAGCCCCCAACAAGAGACAGUGGAGACCAUGUGCUCUUUGGACCCACUGGCAGCUGUGGACACAUCUCUGCUGUAGGCUGCUAGCAGACCACAGGACUUUAGCCUGGGGACUUCUUGCUACUUGCAACUGUGCUGGGUUUUAAGGGCUUGAUUCCUGAGAGCCACAUUUCUGCACAUCUGGGCUCUGAACUUAGGGACAGAGUUUUAGCACUAUGCAUCAGGGAGAUUCUGAUUUUUCUGUAAAAAUAAUUGCCUUUUGUUUAGUCUCUUCAGAUCUCUGCCAUGAUUUCCCUUAGGACUCUCAGCAGCUUAAUUUUAGAGCAGGGCUGAGACAUAAUGAAUCCUUGCUAUGAAAUGUGGGGCCCCAAAUGACAGAGAUUGGCUGGGUCUUUAGGGAAGUGAAAUGACACUGUCAAAGGCCUCCUGGGUGCCACGUACCAUUUGUCACUUGUUGAGUCUUCAGCUCUUCACCCUGUGUUACAGACAAAACCACAGACAUUUGGCAGGGUUCUGGCUGACAUACCUUAGCUAGACAGCUUGAAGUGAAGGGCUAGGAUUCAAAGCAGGGCUGGUGGAAACCUGGGUUGUUUACCUGCAGCAUGCCUAGUCAGUCAGGGAAGGGCAGCUAUGAACAAGAAUUUACUGAGGCCACAUUCUGUGCCAGCUUCUAUGGAUUCCUUGGGAAAUGUGACAGGCUGUGUGUGCCCUUACUGUGCUCAUAUUACGGAAGAGAGGUACACCUCAGUAUGAGGGUGCUGAGCUUUACAGAAAGUCCACAGGGUGCUUGUAAGAGCCACCUUCCUUUUAGGUCAUUGUGCCACAGGAACAGGAGGAUAGGUGGCCAACUGUCCCCAAAUAUGUCACACCUGAAAUUGCACCAUUAUCACCUCAUUUCUUAAUUUAGGGCUUUAUUUUCAGUGGGUACAGUUCUUCAAAGAAGAGAGGGCAGGAAUCAAUGGGAAAAGAGGAGCCUGAAGUGGGGUCUGCCACCUGGUGGGAAAUGGCAGGAGCUGUGAGGCUGUGGGGGGCAGGGAGGCCUGUGAGCCUGGGGACUAUGGGAGUGGGAAAGCCCAGGACACCAGGGCACAGCCUGACUUUAUUGCCCAAGGAUCUCUCCAGGACUGUGGAGGAUGGGAGUGGGCUUGGGUCCUCAUCCUGGGGCUUCAAGUUGAAAAUUUCAGCUCCUGAGACAGUCUGGCAGCCCACCCUGUGUGGGAGCCAGAAGGUUAGUGUCCUGCCCAGGGUCAUUGGGCAUGGGAGGGGUGGAGUCUGAGUUCACAUGCAGCUUUGCCCAUGAUGUGGCCCUGCGUUGGGCCCCCUUUUGCACCUGGGAACCCAGGACCUGACAGCAGGCUUUUUCCCGCCGCCAGGGACCUGGUACCACUGAGGUAGAAAUAAUUCAGGCAACCCUGAGUUAAUUUCACAAGCAAGAGUGACAUGCUAAGGGGCCAAAGGAGCAGGUGAAAAAGGCAUGCUUCAGGUUGAAAGCCUUCCAAGGCCCCUCAGUGGGCUCUACCCAGAACCAUGGCUUUCACAGUUCUAGCUGAGCUUGGUAAAAUGCCAUACCUGCUUUAAAGUAACAGCAAGUCAGAACCACUUUUGCCAGUGGGGUAGGGACAGAAGGUUAGGUGUGAACAGCAGGAAGGGACUUGACCUAGCUUCCCUUUUAAAAAUAUGACCAGGCAGAUUUUUUGUGUAGUCACAAGGCUCUAGGCACUGUCUAGCCCAGAGCCUGGGCCUGUCCUCUUCUGUGUGGUAUAGGGUAGGCACAUCAUGCUCUCGGGAGUGACACAUGGGUACUGGGCUGUCUUUAUGCCAAGCCCUGAGCAGGCUCCAAGAGCUCCAACUUCGUGGGGCCAGACUGGAGAGAGCAAAUCGCUGUGGGGACAUUGGAAGGGAAGGGUAUGGGACAGGACUGGGGAGGUCAUCUUCCCACAGGGCCAUAGCUAAGCAGGGUCUUGAGGACACAGUGGGUUUGGACAGGUGGGCAGAGGGUGAGGGGUAUGCCAGGCAGGCAGAGAACAGCCUGGUCAGGGGUUCAGAGGUCCCUGUCCUGCCUGAGCUAUGUUGAGUAACUGUAAUGCAGGCUAUUUAGGGGUGUUGGGCUGGGAGGCUGGCAAAGGAAGUCCCCAUUAUGAGGAUCCUGGAGUGAGGAAAGGGACUUAGGGGAGGUGUGGAAGGGGUGGUAGAGCCAGAUUUCAUUUAAAAAAUAGCCCUCUGGGUGCUAUUGGAUAGAUUAGUGUGGAAGGCAAGGACCCAAGGGAAUGGGGGUGUGGCAACCAAGGAGGGACCUGUUAGGGACAAAAACACACACACAUGGUGUGGUGGAUUCAGGAAGGAGUUCCAGGAGGCUGAGGAGCAAAAGGAGGUGAAGCUACCACCUGUGACAGGUGGGAGGUUCUGGAGGGGAAGGUGAAGGGCCACAUGCCAUAGGGCUUGGCUGGGACCAGUGAAACCUUUCAUGGAGAGACUCUCCUGUGUCAUAUACAGAUUCUCACGAGUUCACUGUGGCCAAUGUGUGCCAAUCUGUGCCACCUCCAGGCAGAGAACCUGGCAUGCCAGCAUGUCAGGCUGGGCCAGGCCAUUACUGGGAAUGGGAUAGCUGAAGCCGCCUACCCACUUAUACUGGCUGAGAUAAAUUUCAGGGUGGUGCCUGGAGAACACCCUCCUAGUUAAGCUUGCUGUCCCGAGACAACAGGAACUGUGCCCUUGGCCUCACUAGCCAUGCUGCAUAGCCGCAGCCCACUGUGGAUUGACUGUAGGUUAAUUUCUGAAUUUGUCCUGGAGACAGAAAUUGCCCCUGCCUCCCACCCUUGGUUGCUCCCUGGGCAGUCCUGAUUGGCAGUUGUCUAGGGUCUUGGGACAUGGCCACCAACUGGUGGCUGAGGUGGCUGGUUUAUAGGUCUCUCAGACUCUGGAUUUCUGAUCAGACUUUCCAGGUCCCCUUUAGGUCCUGCUCUGGGAGGUGGUGGCUUUCAUUAUUUGUACAUUUGCUUUGAACUUAAAGUAGUAGAAGUCAGAGCUUUGCCUGGGAAGGGUUGUUGGUCCUGGCUGGUCUUCUCUUUUUUCUCUUCUUUUUUUUUUUCUGGUAGAUUCUGUCCUUUGGAGCAGAUUACUAGAGUUCUCAGGCAGGAAUCCCCCUCCCUUCUAUCCCUGUCUCUCCUUCCUGGCAGCCUUCCAAGCCCCCAGCAGCUGAAGCCUGGCUUUCUGGAGCUUGUUCCCUCUGGGCCUUGCCAGGACACAGGCUGCCAUCACCCUUGUAGCGAGUCACUAGUCACUUCGGGGGAAGCUGUUCCUGCUAGAGUGUAAGAUGCUGCUGCCCUGAGAACACAGGGCUGGGAAGAUGGAAAAGCAGAUAAUGGUCUGGUCCCACUGACAGCCCCUUCCCUGUCAGCUGCAUUGAGUCUGUGAUCCCUAGAGGUGCUGGAUUCUUAUUUAAUAAGGGACCAACAGACAUGCCUUUCCAAUGCAGGUCUUGGCACUUAGGACAUGAGAGUGGGGCACAUUGUAGUUUAGUGGGUGAAACUUGAGUUUGAAUCCUGGGUCUCACCUAUAGCCAUGAGAUUUUGGACAAGUUACUAACUUUGCUGAUCCUCAGCAUCCUCCUCUGUAAAAUGGGUAUGAUAAUGGUGCCUCCUUAGUUUUCCUAUGAAGAGUAAAUGGAAUAACCCCUAUAAGGUGUCUUGGCACUGAGUUAGCACUCAGCACACGUGCUGGUGGUAUUGGAGGCCACUUCUGUAGCCAUAGGCAGGGCCUAGCUCUUGCCUACAUUCUGUCUUCUUGACCAUUCCACAUUCACAGCCUCUUCCAGCUCCUUUGUUCCCUGACUUGCACCUUGCUUGGGACAUGUGUGCUCUGGCUUUAGCCAUCCAAAACUGUAGUUCCCAGAGCCAUGUUGAGGACCAUCUUAUCCCUCAUUGCUCACUGGUCUGGGGCUGGGUUCCCUGGAAGCUUGUGCUGGGAUGAGGAUUCUGAGUUUAUUAAUGAAGAGGGAGAGGGAGCACAAGGUGGAGAAGGGAUAGAGGCCCAGUCAAGAGUGCAAUUUCAGGUAGAUUCCUGGCUUAGCCCAGGUCCCACAGGGGAACCCCGGGUCCAGGUUCCAUUUUGAGGGUAAGGGUCACCAAGGGUGGGGGUGCAGUAAGCUCCAGGCACUUCUGGCUCUGGCAUGCAGGCUAGAAGCUCCAGGAGCCCAGGGCAGGGCUCUGCACGGGGUUGUAGGGCUUAUCCCAAUGGAAGGGUGCACAGAAACCAUGGGUAUCUGAGGGGUCUGGGGGCAUACUUGCCAACAAUUGCAUUCAUACCUUGAGCAGCCCUUCAUGCAGUAGACUUUCAUGGAGCCCAAAGCCCACAAAAUGCCCACACUCUCUCUGUGAGAUACUCUGAAGUAGUUCUGUCUCAUUUGUGCUCAUGCUAAGGGACCCUGGUUACCAAAAUGGAGAGCUUUCCUUGUGCUCAUGUUAAAUCCCUUCUUAUUCAUCAUUUUGGCCUGGCCCAGUUUUUUCAUCUGAAGCUAUGACUAACCCUUUAUCAGUCUAUAUCCACUUGUUAGGCAGUGCAGAGCCAGACAGAGCCUGGGGCCUGUGGCUGGGUUGCCCUGAGGUCAGCAUUGGUCCUCAUGUCUCUAUGAGACCACACAGUCAUCAUUGGCAAAUUUGUUAAAAUCCAGAUCUUCAGUAUCAGUAGCUCUCUUCUCACUGAAAUCACAGCUCAGAGACCCUCACCUUCAAACAAGGAAAGGAGGGUAGCAGGGUCUGACUUGAGUCCUGGUUCUCCACAAGGCUGCUUCUUGUGUUCUCUGCUUCCUUUCCUAAGAUCUUAGCUACUUCAGUUUCAUGAGCUGUUCAGGAAGUUUGAGAUUAACUGCAAGCUAAGAUUUACAGACUCUACCUUCUAACCCUCCCUUUUAAAGAAUGGGAGCCACCCCACCCCUACCCACAGCCUACCUCCUCUUGGGCACAUUGUAGUUCACCUCAUGUCUCCUGGAAAGUGAUUGUGAGGGUGAGGAGCAUGACUCUCAUGACAGCCUGUCUCUAGCACCUUCCUCAUCGAGCCUUUCCUCAGGGCAGCUCCCCUUUUUGGUGGGAGUCUUUCUGAAGCUGGCUAGAGUUCUCCCUGAAAGGUCUUCCUCUUUGGGAGAACCUGGGGCUAGUUCUGUUGCUGUGGUUACAGAAUGAAAAUAAACCAGGUAGGACAUCUCAGAAAAGAUGAUGUUUAAAAAACCAAAUCAGUCCUGGCUGCUUUGGCUCAGUGGAUUGAAUGCUGAGCUGAGAACCAAAGGGUCGCUGGUUUGAUUCCUAGUCAGGGCACAUGCCUGGGUUGUGGGCUGGGUCCCCAUUGUGGGGUGCAU